GCGGGCCUGUGACGGCGGCGGCGGCGUCCGGCGGAGCCGCUCACCUGGAGCACUGCCAGCAGCUGGCGCAGCCACUGGUGACGGAGACCCGGAUGGUGGUGCCGGCCACCCACGAGGAGCUGGCCACCGUCUGUCGCAACUGGCGCCUGUUCGUGGACUGCAUCAACAAGUUCGUCAUGUCCGGCUACUCGCGGCAGCAGAAGCUGGCCUUCAACGGCGCCGUCCAGACGGCCGUCAAGAGCGUCCACAAGAUGUGCAGCGACCCCGACUACAGCAAAGAGUAUCUGGAGCACGCACCGUGCAUCCAGAAGAUGACGAUGGACAAGAGCCGCUGCGGCGAGGACUAUACAAAGAUGGCGGACGCUGUCAUCAACGCAGCACCCGACUCGGACGUUUGCUGCCGGUACCUGCGGUUCCGCUCCUGCGUGGCGGCCGACCCGGGCUGCGCCGACAAGCCCUCCGGCAACCGGCUCACCAUGUUCGUCAACACCUUCCUCGACAACGGCCUGCAGGUCUUCGUGCACAAGUGCCACAGCAGCCUGUUCACCCUGGACUCCUGUGACGAGGCCGGCAGCCAGGGAGGGUGGCAGUCGAUUCGCGGCGAUAAUGGCGCAGACUGGCGUCACGCAGACUCGGACGGUCCUCGGUACGGUCUGAGAUGGCCCGACUUGGUCCGGGACCAUCCUGAGCACCAUAGCAAACAGCGCGACUUCCCUACAGAAGAACGCCAUCCCAACUACAGUCAGGAACGCACAAGUUAUGACCAGGAACGCUCCGGCUUCAGUACAGAGUACGCCAUCUAUGGCCCCGAGCGCUCAGACUAUUUUCAAGAGCGUUCCGACUACGAGCAAGGACCUUCGGACUUUGGCAGCGAGCACUCGGCUGACUACCACUGGGAGCGCGUGGACUCGGAGCUCGGCUCCGAGCGGACUGACGACCGCCAGCGGUCUGCACCCGGCCGGCGCCAGAUCACCCCAGUGGCCGUGGACGAGAUGGAGCGCCACGGCGGCCGGCCCUCGGCCGACGCUCCCCGGCUGGCCCGCGGGGAGCCGGCGCGGGCUCCGACCGGAGCCGAGCACCAGGAGCACGGCCAGCUGCUGCGCAUCCAGGAGAGGACCGGGGCCGCCGCCGGACCGGGGGACCGGAGCGCGGCGGGACCGGGCGCGCCGCACUCCGCCGGACAGUGGACCGAGCUCGCUCCCCGCCAGGAGCACGAGGAGCUGAUGAAGGCCGGCGUGGGGCUGCGGCCGGAGGGACCCGACCGGCGGCUGGGCGGCCCCGAGAGGCCGUACAUCAUUCCCGACCGGCCUGACCAGCCGGCCGGGCCCGUCCGGGAGGCCCUGCGCGCCGAGGUCGGCGGUCGGCGUCUGCCCGACCCGGUCGAGGUCGGCGGUCGGCGCCUGCCGGACCCGGUCGGGGUCGGCGGUCGGCGCCCGUCCGACCCGGUCGGGGUCGGCGGCGCGCCGGCGGUGUCCGUGUCCUCGCCGGACGGCUGGAGUCGGCUGCUGCCAGCCGGGACGCUGGCGGCACGUGGCCGGCCCGCCUUCAUGGACCGCAUUGACCGGCCCGCCCGGCGGGACGGCUCUGCCUGGCGCAGGGACGGGGCGGACCCCCAGCGGGGCGGGACGGACUCGCAGUGGGACAGGACGGACCCCCGGUGGGGCGGGACGGACCCCCAGCAGGGUGGGACGGACCCCCAGCGGGGUGGGACGGACCCCCAGCGGGGUGGGACGGACCCCCGGCGGGGUGGGACGGACCCGGAGCCGGCGCGCGGGCCGCAGUCGUGGCCGGGACAGCCGUCGGCGGCACCGGACUCCCCGGUCGGUCAGGCCGCCGGGCCGGGCCGGUCGCAGACGGGCUCCGAGCGCAGUCCCAGCGGCACUGACCGCCAGUUCCCGCUGCAGGUGGGCCGCACCAGUCGGGUGGAGUACCACAGUUCGGCCGAGCGGACCGCGACUGUCAGCGGCGGCGCCGGCGGGGCCGCACCCCCUCCUGCAGACACCGCGGGAGGCCUGUCGGUGGCGGCGGCCCGCGCUCGGGACCGCGCCGCCAGGAUGGGGGACGGCGGGCGGCGGCUCCCCGGUCCCGGCAGCGGUGGGGGCGUGUCAGCCGGUACUCCCGCGGCUGGGCAGCCCAGAGAUCCGGCGGCACCGGGGUCUGCCGGGUCUGCCGGGCCGUCCCGGCCGCCGGGGAUCGGCGAGGCACCCGGCCCGGAGCGCCCGCCCCAGCCGUCCUCUGCAGACCGACCCAGUGCGGCUGCGGCAGCCGCAAAGGACAGAGCUCAAAGCAGCAAUCACCCAGUCGACCUCGAAAAUGGCUUCACUCCGAUUGUGAAUACCGCUGCCAAGGACUUCUCUGGCAUUGAUUCACCGAUGGGUUCUGCUCCGGAUCCAGUUCGUAAUCCUAGCCCAUCUCGCGGUCCCGCCGCCGACUCCUCCCGUGACCCUGUCAUUGAUCUGGCCCGUGACAGCUUCCACAACACAAUUCAAAACACACUCCGUGACCAGACCCGCGACUCGGUCCCUGAGCCAGCUCAUGAACCCGUCCGCGAUCCAACCCAGACUGAGUCUCGUGACCCAUUCCGCGAGUCCUCCAAUGACCAGUCCGGUGACCCAUUCCGCAGCCCGGCCAAUGACCAGCCCAGUGACCCGGCCCGUAGCCCGGCUCGUGGCGGCUCCCCGGGCCCGUCGCGCGGCUCCCCGAUCGCGCGGCCGUCGCCGUCGCCGCCUGCGCCGGCGGCCAGCACCACGGCGUACCGGGGCUGGUUCCAGCCUCAGUCCUCCACGCCCGUCUGGGUGGUCUCCAACUCGCUGGAGGACAGGUACGCCAGGGCCGAGCGGCGCCGCUCCUACAGCGCCGGCGGCGCGCCGCUGCCCGGCCGCGGCCUGCUGCUGCUCCUGGCGGCGGCCAGCCUGCUCCGCUGGGGAGCCUGCUGAGCCGGGGAGGGGCCUGCUGCCCGGCCGCGGCCUGCUGCUGCUCCUGGCGGCGGCCAGCCUGCUCCGCUGGGGGGCCUGCUGAGGAGCAGGGGCCCGCUGCCCGGCCGCGGCCUGCUGCUGCUCCUGGCGGCGGCCAGCCUGCUCUGCUGGGGCUGCUGAGCCGGGGAAGGGCCCGCUGGCGGCGGCCAGCCUGCUCCGCUGGGCCUGCUGAAGGGUUGCGGGUGGGGAAGGGUGGGGGGGGGGGAUGCUGAAUGGGCCCACUGCUGGUAUGUAGAGGCAGCAGCGGUGAAGUCAGCUGGAACAGGACGAUAGCUGCAGAGGAGUACGUGUAUGGCCGGACGGCUGACAUAACGCUCCUCUACAGAUGAGUAGAGUAAGACAUGCUCCUGCUGCCGGUCGGAAGGUGACAGUUGGCGCCGUGGGUGCUCCCUCGGGAGCACAUUUCUCACAAGCAGCACACAAAUAACACACUGCCGUUGAGAAGGCGAGCAUCCUGUUCACGUGACUUUUUCAACAUUCUGAAGAAUUUAUAGGUACGAAUAAAAGCAUACGAAUUUGUCAAAGUGAGUAAACUUGUUGACGAAACAAUGAUGUCGAAAAAGAAAAAAAAAAACGUUAUCUUAACAUGCACCGUUCCAUUACGUUUGUGGAAUAUCAUUUCAAACGCUCUAAAUAUGAUGAUGCGAUCUGGUGUUCCAAGUGCUUGAUGUCGCUGAACUCAGCAUUGAACUUUCGCUGAACACUUUGUUUUAUUUGCGGCAGCAGUGUAGAGCUGGUGGCGCCCGCUGUCGUCCGGCUCGUCUUUUGUCCCGUUCUGCUGCACUCUGUGCAGUUCUGGGCUUUGAACCCAAACUGACGAGGGACGCGCGACUUAAACACUGAUUUCCGGGCCGCGUACCAUGACGCCGCUGCCGCAGUCGGCUCUGACUGGCGGCCUUUGUACGCGGACCGGCGGUAUGUGCCGUUAUCGCGCUCAGUUUCUCCAGGGCGGCCGGUCCUCCACUGGCCCCUGGCCUUCGGACUCCACAUCGUCGGGCGGUAGGAUGGUCGGACAUUGGUCUCUGAGCCAGGGACGCCCGGCAUUUGGAUCUGAACCAGCAGCGGCUGGCUGCCUGACCGGCACCGGUACUCAGUAACCAGUCCCGAACGGCUGCCUCCGCUGACACCGGUACUCAGUAACCAGUCCCGAACGGCUGCCUCCGCUGACACCGGUACUCUACUCAGUAACCAGUCCCGAACGGCUGCCUCCGCUGACACCGGUACUCAGUAACCAGUGCCGAGCGGCUGCCUCCACUGACACUGGUCUCAGUAACCAGUCCCGAGCGGCUGCCUCCACUGACACCGGUACUCAGUAACCAGUCCCGAGCGGCUGCCUCCACUGACACCGGUACUCAGUAACCAGUCCCGAGCGGCUGCCUCCACUGACACUGUUGCUAAAUAACCAAUCCGUCCCGAGCGGCUGCCUCCGCUGACACUGGUAUACAAUACAGUAACCAGUCCCGAGCGGCUGCCUCCACUGACACUGGUGCCCCGGAUGCGAUGAUCAAACGUUUGCCGUUGUGGCGUACUGCUUAAACGUUUAGCUUAGGGAAUAACGAUUGAUGAUUAUGGGCAUUAAUGACGUACCUAUUGUAAAUCAAGGAGUAUAAUAAGCUGACAUUUGUGUAUGUCAUUAUAGGUAAUAAUUUGAUGAUGUGCACUUAUUGACGCGACGUGCAUUGCGGCGAACAUAAGCAACAUUGUAUGUAACGGUACCUACAACCUACCUAGCACGUUACCCAUUUGUCAUUAAUACAUGCUU